AUUUUAGUAUAUAUAAUUGGCAUAAAAGAGACAACGUAUCAUUCAUUUUGUUGUUCUAUCUAGAAAAAUCAAAAUGAAAUUAUUCAUUGUCUUCGCUGCAGCUCUUUUGGUAGUUACUGCCCUUCCGGCCCAACAACACUGGAUAUCUUUCAAGGCCAAACAUGGGAAAUCGUACGCUACUCUAGAAGAAGAAAAAGUCCGUUUCCAAAUUUUCCAAGACAACGUACUAAAAGUAAAUACGCACAAUGCCCGCUAUGAAGCCGGACUUGAGACCUACACCAUGGCAGUCAACAAAUUCGCUGAUUUGACACAAGAAGAAUUUGGAGCAAUGCUCAGACGCAUUAACGGUCCAAUUCCCAAAAAGAACUUGACUCCUCAUGUUCAGAGCGUUCCUGUUCCAGAAGCUAUCGACUGGAGAGAAAGGAAUGCUGUUUCUGCAGUCAAGGACCAAGGAGAUUGCGGAUCCUGCUGGGCUUUCAGUACCACUGGUGUAUUAGAAGGACAGAACGCGAUUAAAAACAACAUAACAGUGCCACUCAGUGUACAACAAUUGAUUGACUGUGACAAAGAGUUGAAUCAAGGUUGUAACGGUGGUGACAUGGUGCCCGCUAUUAAAUACGUCAUUAAACACGGUCUUAACAGCGAAACUGAAUACCCAUACAAAGCUAAAGAUGGAAAAUGCAGAGCCAAAAGCGAUUCUGUCGUUCAAGUUAAGGAUGUCGUACAUUUUCAAGGCGAAUCUGCCCUUAGGGAUACUGUUGGUACCGUUGGACCGGUCUCCAUAGGCAUAUACGGUGAUCCCUUGCAAUUAUACGAGCGUGGUAUCUAUGAUAGAUUCGUUUGCUUCAACUCUUCUGAUUUAUUGGACCAUGCUGUUCUGGUUGUAGGAUACGAUACCGUGAACAGCAUACCAUACUGGAUCAUUAAAAACUCAUGGGGUACUGACUGGGGUGUUAACGGUUUCAUGAAGAUGGUUAGAGGUGAAUGGAUGUGCGGUAUCGGCCUUGACAGUACAUACCCAAUCUUGGCUUGAUUUAUUGAAUAAAUUUUAAUAAUUUUGUAAACUAUAAAAUCUUUUGAUAAAUAUAUA